AUGGCAACCAUCCUGCCCACGGUCCUUGGGCAUUGGGAGGUCCAGGAGUCAGGGGUUCUGGAUGAAGCACGAUUCCAGUGCAGUCGCGCCCCACUGGGGAAAGAGGAGGAAUGCUUCGGCCCCAGGUCUACAGAGAGCACUGGUCAUGUUUUGCAAGCGAAGUGGCUUCCGAGCAAUCGCAUGGUGAACGCCCAUACUGCGACGUUCUUUGCUGCAACAGGUGAGCACUUGUGGCAUCAGCCUACAUGGCAAAGCGUGCUGUGCUUCGAAGGAUCUGUCCGCCCAGGGCUGAGGAUGACGGGAAACUGGGCUGCUGUCAAAGUAAGUUGCCAUAACAAGGUUUGUGGUGUGGUCGCGGCCGUUGUGCAAGUGCUGUGGUGUCGGUCCGGCUUACACUGGUGCACCAACUUGGAGAAGCUGCGCCAAGCUCUUCGCUUCGUGGUGCCAUUGGCUCUCUUGUAUCUUCUCGCACUGGCUACUGCAAUGCUGGAUUUGCAAGACACAAGGCUGCCGUUUGCGGAGCUCUUCCUCCUCUCAGCUGCCUCAAUGCUGUACACGUUUCUCUGCUCCCUGCCUCUGACAUGUUUGAUGCGGUUUGCGCGGCGGUGCAGGCUCCGUAGGGCGGGUCGUACGCGGCCGAGAGAUUCGAGCGCGCCCGCCAACAUCGCGGUCCUGAUCAACAUUCAGGAGUACGAGCACCUGGAUGACGUGUUGGAUCGAAGUUGGCCAGCGCUGUGUGCAGAAAUGCGCCGACGCUCCCAGGAAGCAGAAUUCCAGUGGGAGGUGCUGGUCUGGCCCGAGCUCAAGGGGCGGAACGUGAGGUCUUUGGUGGACCUCGUGAGGCGGAAGUUGGAGGGCACAUCAAACGCGAGAGUAUUGAUCUACAUCUCGUGCCAUUCGCAGAUGAUGAACGGCGUGCCGCAAUUUCUACCCGCGGAUGCGGCAGGGUGGGGUGAUGGUGUUUGCUUGUCCUGGUUGGUGCGGCAGCUCGAUGCGGUCCAGCCCCGACAUGCGCACUUCUACAUCAUGGUCAACGGCUGCCUCACGAAUGCCAGCCGGGUCGACCGAUGCUGCUGGGCAGCGCAGCAAGCCAUGGACGACGAGGUGGAUGCGGCGAUGCUUUCUGAGAGGAUACUCCGCCGUCGAAGUGACCCCCAAGUGUGGAUGCUCUUUGCUUGCCCCCCAGGCGGGCAGAUCCCGGGUGACGAGGAUACCGGGGAUCAUUUGACCCGGCUGUUCCUGGAAGCCUUGCGGAGGAGGCCUCCUCCUGCCCAGCUCGAGAUAGAGGAGAUUUACAAUGAACUCCACGAAGGCUUGUGGAAACUGAAGCGGGACCAGGGCGGACCUCUUCAACCCUACCUGAUGGUGACAACUGGCAAGCUUCCCACGCCGAUCCCGCGCCAAGCGUCGGACGAAAGUCAGCAGAAGCUUGCAAUGCGUUUGAGAGACGGCUUUGAAGGUGUUGUGUUUUUUACUCUGGCGGCUAAGGAGAAGGAGAUCGCGGACUCUGUAGACAAGCUCCUGACCCGCGUCAGAAGCGAGAGUUCCAGGCGACUUUGCCCCAAAGCCUCGGAGCUGGGGAUGAUCCUUUUCCAGGUCCACCGGAAGCGGGUCUUCAGUUUACGCGGCUUCUUCCACCGCGGCGUGGACAUCGUGCGACUCGAGGGACCCUGGGGCCUCUGGCGAGGCAACCUUGCCGUGGUGCUCCAGGUCAUGCCCUAUGCCGGCGUUCAGUUCAUGGCCUUCGACCAGUAUCAGCGGUUCCUCCUUGAUUCGCUCUUCGUCGACUCGCCAAGGCCCUGGGCUGUGAGAUUCGCUGCCGGAGCCAUGGCAGGGGCGACAGCCACGACGCUGACGUAUCCCCUUGACCUCCUCCGCGCCCAGAUGGCCAUCAGCAUGACGUCUCUGUGGGAUCGCAUGCCGCACUCCUCCUAUACAGCUGCCGCAGAAGACAUCGUGCGAGACGAAGGCGAGGUAGGUAUCAUUUGCAGCACCUGCCAGUUGAUGAAGUUGAGUAGAGUUCGAACCCUUGAGGUGGUCAACCCCAAGGAGGGCGGCACUGAGUUGGGCGUGUAUCUGGCUUGGGUCAAGAGAGAGCUGGACAAUGAGAGCGCGUGUCCCUUUGGAGUUUGCAUGAAUGCGAACUUUGCUUGGGCCCAAGACUUCGGGCAUAAGUCGGUCUAUGACGUCCACUCCUACGCAGACUUUUGGUCCUGGUUCCGGAUCGGCUUCCUCCCUUUGGCGGUGCAACAUAGCUGGGCAUUCUCUGAGGGGCUUGCUGCCCAGUAUGCGGCGCUCGCGUCAGAGAACGUGACGCCCUUCAGCCCCGCGCAGAUGCCUACAAACUACACCGUAAACUACGGCCCGGAGCCAGACGAGGCCUGGGCACAGGCCACAUUGCCCGUUCCUGAUCAGUUCUCGACGUUCAACAGGAUCGUUGCUGGCAUCCGCCUUCGCCAGGAGCGGGCGGCUGCGAGUUGGGAGAGCUGCAAGGUGCCGGGCACAGUCGACGCUGACUUGAUGCGGGCCUGGUUAGGCAAGCCUUGCAUGCCUGCGGAUCCUCCCUACGAGCUGACGCCCGAAGCGCACCAUGCCGAAUCCUUCCAGGCGCCAGAGCGGACGGAGUGGCUCCUGUCGCAACAGAGGACGCUGAAGGAGUUGCAGCUUGCGAGCUUGGACAUGGAGGACGGCUGCUCGCAGCUCGACGCAAAGUGGGGCAAUCUCAACAGCACGCGGUACAGCUGCGCCUGCAAGAGCUGCGCAGAUGGGGCCAGGGCGCCCGAUGGCCAGCCUCAACCAGGGCCAUGGCUGGACGAAUACACACAGCGUGUGGAACUGGCGAUGGUCUCCUACAAUCAGAACUUCGGGCUCAUCUCAUUGGUUUCAGUGAACUUCUUCUUCAACCGUGCAGGACAUGUCUACAAGCUGAUCCAUGUCCAGUCGGCUUGGUCCAGCUGGCUCUUGGGCAACUUCCUGGAGCAAACGGUGAUCCUGGCGGCAGAUGUGGUCUGGGUUGGGUCACUUCUCUUCAUCUUCAUCAGCGAGAUUCGCGAGCUCGUGGGCGUGGUGAGAUCUGCGAAGAACGGCAUCUACCAGGCGGUCUUUGGGGACUACUUGAACUUCUGGAACGCCGUCGACUGGGUCUCCAUCAUCUGUGCUUACGCUGUGAUUGGAACCUACCUCCGGCUGAUCGUGGAGACGGGCUUCACGACCGGCACGAUGGGGCAGUACAUCGAGCUAGCUCAGGAGAACUUGACCUACGCCGAGAGUGAAGCCUGGAGCGAUAAGGUCUUCGAUUCCGUUGAGACCAUGGUGCUUGCCGAAGCCGAUUUCCGAUUCACGCUCAGCUUCUACCCCAUCGUGGUCAUGCUGCGAUUGUUGAAGUCCUUCGAUGCCCAGCCCCGCUUGGCUGUGGUAACCAGGACGCUGUACACUGCCGCCGUGGACAUCUUGCACUUCUUCAUUGUCAUUUCAUCCGUGUACCUCUGCUUGGCUCUGAAUGCCCUCCUGGUCUUUGGCCAGGACAUGCAGGAAUUCAGCACCCUCGACCGGGCGCUGUUCUCGAGCUUCCGCGCCAUGUUCGGUGACUGGGACUGGCCACACAUGGAGAAGGUGGCCACCGGCCGGCUCAUUGCAUCCAUGUGGAUGUGGAUGUUUCAGAUCAUUGUUGUCGUACUUCUGGUCAACAUGCUCCUGGCCAUCAUCUUGGACGCCUACUCAGAGGUGAAGUCCAGUGUGUCACUGAUGACCACACUAAACACCCAAAUCUCAGAGAUGCUGCGGCGACGUCGCCAGUCCCUCAACAAAGAGCGGGUGCGACUGUCGGAUGUUUGGAACGCGUACCUGGAGAAGUUUGGCGAUGAGAAGCUGAUGCUCUCAAGCCGAGAGACAGUCACGGCGGAGGAUAUCAUGGAGCAGGUGGAGGGCAUACCAAAGUCGCAAGCCAAGCGGACACUUUCGAAUGCGAGGCAGACAUGGGAGCGGAGCUUGCAAGAGCCCUACACCCCAGACAGCUACAUGGAGCAACUCAAGCUCUGUGAAGUCAGGCUGAACCUGUUGCGGCACAAGACCUCCCACAUCCGUUCCGUGAUGAGCGCUGUGGCGGGUCGCAUCGGGAUAGCUGAGAAUCCCACGAUCGCCUUACAGGAGACCACCAGCAGAGCCGUGAGCAUGGUGAGAGAGAACGUGAAAGUCAUGAGCAAGCAAGUGGACGAAGUCCUGAGAGAGGAGUGCAAUGCUUUGGAAGACCGGCAGGAAGAUGUCUGCAUUCAGCAGAAGGAGUUUACUGAAGUCUCCAAACAGACGAAGUCUCGACUUGUGGAUCUGCAAACUGACCUGCAGAAAGUGGCGGCAUCCCUGCAGGAGAUUGCGGCCAGCCGGGAAAUCCACCAGUACCAGCAUGGCACCGCGCGAAGGAUGUGGUCUGGCUUGGAAGUCAUGUGCUCCGCACCCACUCAGGGCACGCAGCGACAGAGAUUGCUUUAUGAGUCCGAGGGUUAA